AUGGAUGGCAUAUUUUCGGGUCUAACACGUUUUGUUCCCCAGACUCUGGAAGGCUUCGUAUUCGUCGUCGCUUCAGAUGGCAAAAUCAUGUACAUCUCUGAGACUGCAUCAGUCCACCUCGGCCUAUCCCAGGUAAGACAUCACUCUGCCUCCAUCUUGGUCCUGGGCCAUUGCGUAUGCCACAAGCUUUGUGUCUGCCUCCCUCAACACAACCAAGGUCAACUAAGGGGCAGCUGCCUCCUGAUAUGCCUGUUCAAACAUUGAUUUGACAGUCAGUAAAACAGACUGCAGAAUGCUACGCAAAGGUUGCCUAAGUUCACCUAGCACAGAUAAUUGAGAGGGUAUGGGGUGGUCACAGAAUAUGAUCUGUCAGUCUAUUCUAGGUGUUGUUGAGUUAUUUUCCUUUGUGUGUGGGAGUAGGAUUUGGGAGUAUGAUUUGUAGGGUGUCCACCCACUCUGCCGAGAGAGGGUGAAAACGCGCUUUGGUGAUGACAUUUCACUUCCUUAUGUUAUAAAAUACAUUUUACCAAGACAAAUAUGAUUCUUCAUGUUCUGAAUCGUUCAGUGGGGUCUUUCUCUAACAUAUCAUUAACAUAUCCCAAAAGUCGGAUUCCAUAAUCUAAUACAUCCGGCAAUAAGCACCAACCUCUGUUGACAGAGUGGUGCCACUUCUCGCAGUGCCUUUUGAGGAUUUUACAUGUUGUGGUGGUCUUCUGCAAAGUUGUUUCCGCAGGUAGCAAAAAGCACAAUGUGAUUUUCUGGAUUUUUAUUUUAGAUUCCGUCUCUCACAGUUGAAGUGUACCUAUGAUAACAAUUACAGACCUAUACAUGCUUUGUAAGUAGGAAAACCUGCAAAAUCGGCAGUGUAUCAAAUACUUGUUCUCCCCAUUGUAUAUAUUGUUUUAUGUCCUCCGGAUUCGAGAAGAAAGAUGACGAGUUCAACAGUGAGCCUGUCAGUUUGCCUUAAUUCUCGCACAGCAUCCAGCCUAGCUGACACAAUGUUAUUUUCCUGAUUUUUGAGCACUUUUUUUCUCUGGCCUCCAUUGAUUUAGUCACCCUAAUUCUGGCUAUCCUACAAGGGUAAAAACUCCAAUAACUUUUGAACAGAUUAUGAUAGAGACAUGAGGUUUGGACCAUCAGUUUUUCUUAGAGGAGUAUCUAAACAAUGAUACUGAACAAGAAUAUAAAUGCAACAUGUAACGUGUUGGUCCCAUGUUUCAUUAACUGAUAUAAAAGAUCCCAGAAAUGUUCCAUACACACAAAAAGCUUAUUUCUCUCAAUUCUGGUGCACAAAUUUGUUUACAUCCCUGUUAGUGAGCAUUUCUCCUUUGCCAAGAUAAUCCAUCCACCUGACAGGUGUGGCAUAUCAAGAAGCUGAUUAAACAGCAUGAUCAUUAUACAGGUGCACCUUGUGCUGGGGACAAUAAAAGGCCACUCUAAAAUGUGCAGUUUUGUCACACAACAGAAUGCCACAGAUGUCUCAAGUUUUGAGGGAGCGUGCAAUUGGCAUGCUGAAUGCAGGAAUGUCCACCAGAGGUUUUUGCCAGAGAAUGUUAAUUUCUCUACCAUAAGCCGCCUCCAAUAUCGUUUUAGAGAAUUUGGCAGUAUGUCCAACUGGCCUCACAACCGCAGACAACGUGUAACCACGCCAGCCCAGGACCUCCACAUCCGGCUUCUUCACCUGCGGGAUCGUCUGAGGCUAGCCACCCGGACAGCUGAUGAAACUGAGGAGUAUUUUUGUCUGUAAUAAAGCCCUUUGUGGGAAAAACAUAUUCUGAUUGGCAGGACCUGGCUCCCCAGUGGUUGGGCCUGGCUCCCAAGUGGGUGGGCCUAUGCCCUCCCAGGUCCACCCAUGGCUGUGCCCCUGCCCAGUCAUGUGAAAUCCAUAGAUUAGGGACUAAUUUAUUUAUUUCAAUUGACUGAUUUCCUUCUAUGAACUGUAACUCAGUAAAAUCUUUGAAAUUGUUGCAUGUUGCGUUUAUAUUUUUGUUCAGUAUAAAAUAUUAUUUUACCCAUUGGUCUAAAGAUGCGUUUUUGAUUGGACACCCUACAAUUUGGGACGUGCGAAAACCUCCAUCUUUUUAUGCUGUGAGUGUAGCAUUGGUGUAUGACACAGCGAAAACAGUAGCUCAUCCCAUGCUAAUAUUUAAGGUUAGCUUAGCUAGCUAUUGCUUCUCACUUGUCACUCUGGGGGGGGGGGGUGUUAGAUAGAUAGCACUGACGCCUGUUAGCUGUUGGAACUUCAGCUAGCCCGGUUGAAGACAUUAUUUUAGAACGGUCCGGUGUGUGUCCUCCUCCCUGCACCCUCUCUCAAUGGAGCAACGUCAUCAUCAACUUUGCUGGACAUCAAAGAAGAUUUUUGUGUUUUGCAUGUACGUUAGUGUCUGGCACAUUGUGUGUGAGUGUGUGUGUGUAUAUGUGUAUGUGUGUAAGUGCUCGUCGAACAUUUCAUUCCAAAAUCAUGGGCAUUAAUAUGGGAAGGCUUUCCACUAGAUGUUGGAACAUUGCUGCGGGGACUUGCUUCCAUUCAGCCACAAGAUAAUUAGUGAGGUCGGGCACUGAAGUUGGGCGAUUAGGCCUGGCUCGCAGUCUGCGUUCCAAUUCAUCCCAAAGGUGUUCGAUGGAGUUGAGGUCAGGGCUCUGUGCAGGCCAGUCAAGUUCUUCCUCACCGAUCUUGACAAACCAUUUCUGUAUGGACCUCGCUUUGUGCAUGGGGGCAUUGUCAUGCUGAAACAGGAAAGGGCCUUCCCCAAACUGUUGCCACAAAGUUGGAAGCACAGAAUCAUCUACAAUGUAAUUGUAUGCUGUAGUGUUAAGAUUUACCUUCACUGGAACUAAGGGGCCUAGCCCAAACCAUGAGAAACAGCCACAGACCCUUAUUCCUCCUCCACCAAACUUUACAGUUGGCACUGUGCAUUCAGGCAGGUAGCGUUCUCCUCGCAUCCGCCAAACCCAGAUUUGUCCGUCGUACUGCCAGAUGGUAAAGCGUAAUUCAUCACUCCAGAGAAUGUGUUUCCACUGCUCCAGAGUCCAAUGGCAGCGAGCUUUACACCACUCCAGCCGACGCUUGGCAUUGCACAUGGUGAUCUUAGGCUUGUGUGCGGUUGCUCGGCCAUGGAAACCCAUUUCAUGAUGCUCCCGACAAACAGUUCUUGUGCUGACAUUGCUUCCAGAGGCAGUUUGGAACUCGGUAGUGAGUGUUGCAACCGAGGACAGACAAUUUUUACGCAUUUCAGCACUCAGCAGUCCUUUUCUGUGCGCUUGUGUGGCCUCCCACUUCGCGGCUGAGCCGUUGUUGCUGGUUUGACUUAUAUAUAUUCCAUUAUGACAGUGUGAUCAGUACUCAGGAGUGGGCUUCGCUGCUUGACAAGCCCAUUUCAUCAGUAUUGCUGUUCCCCCAGAGAGAGAUGCUCUGUCUAUCUAACCCUCUCCACACGUGAACUCCCACUGAAUCAUCUCAUUAUUCACACGCUGUUACUGAGAAUAGCAAAAUGGAGUCAGCGGCAGCCUCCCUCAAAACAGAGGUUUAAGAACUGUCUCUGAUGCGUAUACUCUUGGUCUCUACUUUCAGCAUACAGUCAUUCUAUCUGGUUCACUUUCCAAAACAUACAAGGCAAGUGACAGAAAUGCUGCAAUAUAUAUUUAAGGGUAGAACAUUGAUUUUGAGGGGUGCCCUAGAAGUAGUGGGCCUGAACAAAAUAACUAUUUUAUGAAGCAGUUUUUUAAAAAUGGAGGGGCCCACAUUGAUUUUAGUUGAGCUACUUACAGUAUAGGGGUGUUCUGCUUAUGAAACUGUCCAGAACCUAAAGUAGGGAACCGCUGUCAUCCUAACACUGCACUCAUGUAAAGAGAUUGUGUACUGAGCUGUGGAUAGCAAACAGAAAUGCUGAUGUCUUGAAUGUACCUCCCCUAAGCAAACUUGGACAGACACAUUGACCGCUGUGCUCAGAAACAGGGGGGCUGAGCAACAGCAAAAUCUAAAUCCAAUAAAAACAACCCAACCACCCACUCUGAAUGUGGUGCUCUUGCACGCAGGCCUGAUGUAAAUUAUGCUUGUGCACACCUGUGCACGCUGUCAAGCUUAUUCAAAUGGACCAUCCACUUUUGUUGAUAUCUUGUGUGUGUGUGUGUAUAUUUGUGUGUGUUGGAGUGUCAGUGUAGAAUGUGUGAGUGUGUGGGUAGAGUCCAGUGAGUGUGCAGAGCCGGUGCAAGUCAGUGUCAGUGUGUGUGUGUGUGUGUGUGUGUGUGUGUUUAGUUGGCUAAGGUUAGUGUCUAUUUUAAAAUUAACUGUAAAAGAGAAAACAGAGUCUGUUGAGAAUGCCUCUGUUUUUACAUUGAGGUUAACCCAUCCUCCAUUGUAAAAUCUAGAUGCCUGUUAAGUAUCAGUAAUCCACAUUUCUUAACUUACAUUGGUGCUUUUACACACCAGUGGCGGUCAGUGCCGUUUAAGAUGAGGGGCGAUUAUUUUGUCAUGAGCAUGGCCUUAUUUCUGUUACUGCAUAUUGGAUGACUCUCAUUCAUAUUCCAUUCACCCAGUUCAUUGUAACAGCGAUAGGUUUAGACUACUACAUGAUACUUACAUUUUCCCUAUACCCAUCAUGAGGUUGCUACAACCUAGCCUAUGAAUGAAAGUUUACAACGUAGGUGCACACGUCGAGAGACAAAUUUGAGGUGACAGACAGUGAGUCAUGGACAGAGAGUGAAAUUCAAUACCGCCUUACGCACUCUUGCCUGCAGUUGCAAACAAGAGUUUAUAUUGGACAAAUUAGGGUAUGUUUAGCCCCGUUUUGUUCCGUUUGCUUCCGUUUUUAAGAAGCGUUUUUCAACAGAAUCGGCGGAAUGAAUACACUCCUGAUCACGCGUAAACACAAUUCACUUUCAUAGCAGCCACGUUGUAUUCUUUCUCGCAUUUUUGUGCUCUCUUCCCUUCGCUUGUGGACUUCAAUGCACAACACAUCAGCUGUAUGUGACCAGGAGAAAAAACCUUUCCAAACCAAACCGCUACACACAGCCUACAUUGUUGUCACCAUAUUCGCUAAAGUAACGUCAUAGUCAGCAUAGCUAAUAGCACUAACGCGUUAGUAAACCCGCUACAGUCAUGCAGUAAUGUUACAGUGUACAGUCAGUAAGCAGUUACACUGGCGGGCCCCGGUGGCAAUAAAUUAGUAAUACCAAAAGCUUGGAAGAGUUCCAGUGUUGUUGGAAAGUCAUAGCCAGCUAGCUAACAUAGCAUCCUCUGUUUGAGCAGGGUGUUUCAGUAUGCUAAACUAGCUAGCUGCAUUUGCUAGCUAAGUAAGUGAAACUGAAAGUGAAAAAAAUGACAAUCUCUAUUUCUCUCUUGCUUCUCAUUCAUUUUGGAAGAUAUUAAUUUGUUCAAAACUGUGCAAUUAUUGUCUUUCUCUUUGAGUCAACUACUCACCACAUUUUAUACACUGCAGUGCUAGCUAGCUGUAGCUUUCAGUACUAGAUUAAUUAUCUGAUCCUUUGGUUGGGUGGACAACAUGUCAGUUCAUGCUGCAAGAGCUCUGAUAGGCUGGAGGAUGUCCUCCGGAAGUUGUCAUAAUUACCGUGUAAGUCUAUGGAAGGGUGUGAGAACCAUGAACCUCCUAGGUUUUGUAUUGAAGUCAAUGUACCAAGAGGAGGACGAAAGCUAGCUGUCCUCCGGCUACACCAUGGUGCCACCCUACAGAGUGCUGUUGAGGCUACUGUAGACCUUCUUUGCAAAGUAGUGUGUUUUAAUCAAUUAUUUGGUGACGUGAUUAUAUUUAGUAUAGUUUUAUCUAAAAAGGAUAACCUUUUAAAUGUUUUACAAUUUACACUACCGUUCAAAAGUUUGGGGUCACUUAGAAAUGACCCUGUUUUCGAAAGAAAGCAAAAAAAAUGUGUCCAUUUAAAAUAACAUCAAAUUGAUCAGAAAUACAGUGUAGACAUUGUUAAUGUUGUAAAUGGCUAUUGUAGCUGGAAAUGGCUGAUUUUUUUAUGGAAUAUCUACAUAGGCGUACAGAGGCCCAUUAUCAGCAACCAUCAGUCCUGUGUUCCAAUGGCACGUUGUGUUGUGAAGAGGUGACUCCGGGAUGCUGACCUUCUAGGCAGAGUUGCAAAGAAAAAGCCAUAUCUCAGACUGGCCAAUAAAAAUAAAAGAUUAAGAUCGGCAGUCUGAGAUAUGGCUUUUUCUUUGCAACUCUGCCUAGAAGGUCAGCAUCCCGGAGUCGCCUCUUCACUGUUGAUGUUGAGACUGGUGUUUUGCGAGUACUAUUUAAUGAAGUAGUGGUCCUCUGUAGCUCAGCUGGUAGAGCACGGCGCUUGUAACGCCAAGGUAGUGGGUUCGAUCCCCGGGACCACCCAUACACAAAAAUGUAUGCACGCAUGACUGUAAGUCGCUUUGGAUAAAAGCGUCUGCUAAAUGGCAUAUUAUUAUUAUUAUUAUUAUUAUUAUUAAGCUGCCAGUUGAGGACCUGUGAGGCAUCUGUUUCUCAAACUAGACACACUAAUGUAUUUGUCCUCUUGCUCAGUUGUGCACCGGGGCCUCCCACUCCUCUUUCUAUUCUGGUUAGAGCCAGUUUGCGCUGUUCUGUGAAGGGAGUAGUACACAGCGUUGUACGAGAUCUUCAGUUUUUUGCCAAUUUCUCGCAUGGAAUAGCCUUCAUUUCUCAGAACAAGAAUAGACUGACGAGUUUCAGAAGAAAGUUAUUUGUUUCUGGCCAUUUUGAGCCUGUAUUCGAACCCACAAUUGCUGAUGCUCCAGAUACUCAACUAGUCUCAAGAAGGCCAGUUUUAUUGCUUCUUUAAUCAGCACAACCGUUUUCAGCUGUGCUAACAUAAUUGCAAAAGGGUUUUCUAAUGAUCAAUUAGCCUUUUAAAAUGAUAAACUUGGAUUAGCAAACACAACGUGCCAUUGGAACACAGGACUGAUGGUUGCUGAUAAUGGGCCUCUGUACGCCUAUGUAGAUAUUCCAUUAAAAAUCAGCAGUUUCCUGCUACAAUAGCCAUUUACAACAUUAACAAUGUCUACACCGUAUUUCUGAUCAAUUUGAUGUUAUUUUAAUUGACACAUUUUUUUGUUUUCGUUCGAAAACAAGGACAUUUCUAAGUGACCCCAAACUUUUGAACUGUAGUGUUAAUUUUAUUAAAUUCACUGAGGAGGAUGGUCCUCCCCUUCCUUCUCUGAGGAGCCUCCACUGACACACACAUUUCACUUCUUGCUCCUGAACACCAUUUCUGUGACACCAAAAAGCAGAGCAGUCCCCUAUUAUCAGUCCCAAUGUUCUCUCACUACAAAGCAUGGAUUACUCCAGCCUAACUUCACACUAUGAAGAAACCAAUUUGUCGUUGAAGUGGGGAGCAGUGACCCGCUCGCUGAGUGACCCAGCCCCCAAAUUUGGGAGGUAAAAUAGAUCAGAGAGGAGCCUGGACAGUGUUCUGUGUUGUCAUGCAAAUUAUUGGUUAUUUCAUAAAUUAACCCUAGUGUUUCCUGACAUCAUUCGCCUUUGAGGCGGAGCUGAAAGUGAUGCAGAGAUCAAUUUCAGGGGUGGCAAGAGAUUUGCCCCCCUUCUCACUUCCAACACAUAUGCAUGUACGCAUGCAGGCACAAGCACAAGCACACACACACACACCGUCAGUGUCCCCCUUCAAUAGGCAUUUCUCUUUGAUAAUGUAAUCCCUUGUAAUGACAGAGUAUCAUCCUGCUAAAUGAUCAAAAGACCUCAAAAUACCAUUCAAAAAGACUCUGUCUUCUUCACUGUUAGGGAUGACAAGUCAUUGAAGAAAUUAUAUGUUGGUCUCUAACAUAUAUAAUGUAACUUGUCUUUUUCUCAAAUUUCAGGCUGAUGAAACUUCAUGUGAAGUAAUUGAUUGAUUUGUUUCUGUCAGGUGGAGCUGACGGGUAACAGUAUAUUUGAGUACAUCCACCCAUCAGACCAUGAUGAGAUGACAGCCGUGCUCAGUGCCCAUCAGCCCCUCCAUCAUCACUUCCUGCAAGGUGCCUAACAUGCUUGAUUUAUUCACUAACCUUUUAUUUUUUCUCUUUCUCAUUUUUUCUCCCUCUAUUUCUGUCUUUCUUAUUCUUUCUGUCUCUGUCUUUCUUUCUCUCGCUUUUUCUCUCCUUUUCACCUAUUUCUCUCCUUUUCACCUUUUUCUCCCUUCCCUUUCCCUUUCUACUUCCUUUCUUCUCUCUCUCUCCGAACCAACAGUCAGUUGAUCACGAUUUUCCCUCAUGCAAAAUGUACUCAACUCUCUGUAUGUUUAUAAGCAACAGUGUUGCUACUUCAAUGUCUACCUCUUCCGUAAGAAGGAAGGCAGCUAUAACAACAUAGUACUUGUGUACAAAGUACAAUGUGUAGCACCAUGAUACAUAAUACAAGGCAAUACCCAGGCAGCCACUCUGCUCAGAGCAGCAGGCAGGUUUUCAUUAUCUUCUUCUAGGAGCAGCAUGUUAAGCCUUACGUGAUAACAGUACUCGACAUGCUGUGGAGUACCGUCUUUGGGGGAGUUUAAUAAGACCCUCCCCCCCACACACACACACACACACGCACGCACGCACGCACGCACACACACACACACACACACUUGGGCUAACCACAUCCACAUCUGCUGCUUUAUUUGGUAUUUGGUAUUUAUUAGGAUCCCCAUUAGCUGUUGCGAAAGCAGCAGUUACUCUUCCUGGGGUCCACACAAAACAUGAAACAUGUGCUUAUAGUCACUCUCCUCUCUCUCUCUGUGUGUGUGUGUGUGUGUGUGUGUGUGUGUGUGUGUGUGUGUGUGUGUGUGUGUGUGUGUGUGUGUGUGUGUGUGUGUGUGUGUGUGUGUGUGUGUGUGUGUGUGUGUGUGUGUGUGUGUGUGUGUGUGUGUGUGUGCGUUAUAGAGUACGAAAUUGAGCGCUCUUUUUUCCUGAGGAUGAAGUGUGUGUUGGCCAAGCGUAAUGCAGGACUGACUUGUGGAGGAUAUAAGGUACUACUAUAAUGAAAUUAAAUAUUUGAAAUCACAUUUUUUGGUUACUGUAUUCCAUGAUAAUCUGUGUCUCUGGAAGUAGUAAACAUUUCAUGAAUAUCAAUAUAAGAGAGAAAGUAGCUAAUUCAAAUUAAACACCUACAAUUGAAAUGCAUCAGUUCAAAACAAAUAUUUAUUAUAUUUCUACUAUUUUGAGAUGAUUAUUUUUCUGUUCUAUUGAGGCUACAAUGUUAUUAUAGUGUUAAUAGUGUUAACAGGUUAUUUGAAACUGCAUAUUGUUUGUCUGAGAAUCUCAGCAGCUGCAGCAUUUCCACUUGACUCACUCAAAUCUCCAACAACAACUACCUCUUCUAAAACACAGUCCACACAGUCCACAGUCGUUCCUCCACCAUCCUCCUCUCUGGAUGCAACGGCUAUAUUCUUCACUCCCUACUUCUUCCCUCUCUUCCCCUCUUCCCCUAUAAUAUAAAUCACCUAGCAGAUUGCAAUUGAGAUCUGUUGUAAAUUUACAUUGGCAAUAAACAAGCCGCUUAUGUUAAGUAGUAGAAUAAAUCAUCUGUGUGAACUGGGAGACCGCUACUGAAUGGCCGGACGAGGCCCGCGCAGGCUUAGGUAAACAGGAAGUGAAGAAGAUAAAUAGCGGCAUUAGCAUCUAGGCACGUGGCUGUUCCAGGGAUGGAGGGCUGGAGGGGAGCAGUGGAGGAGGGGGGGAUGGAGAGGGGCACUUAGUGGGGUGCAGGCUGAGGGUUGAGCCUGCUCUUGCUUUUGCGGAGUGAGUGAGAGUAAGUUUGCUGCAUUACCAACAAUGUUGUAUCUCAAUCUACUGUAUCUAUCUCUCGGAUCCACCUAAAUGUGGACACAAAACCACAUUCAGGACACAUAAGGCAAGGUGUAAAGCCUCUCUGUCUAGCUAUAUCUAUGUAUGUAUCUGUAUCUAUCUCUAUAUUGCUGUGUAAAGCCCCUCUCAUUUCUCUGCUCCCCAGGUGAUCCACUGCAGUGGCUAUUUGAAGAUCCGUCAGUACGUGAUGGGCAUGGCGCUGUUUGACUCGUGUUAUCAGAUCGUGGGUCUGGUGGCGGUGGGCCACUCCCUGCCUCCCAGUGGUAUCACAGAGAUCAAGCUCCAUAGCAACAUGUUCAUGUUUAGGGCCAGCCUGGACCUCAAGCUCAUCUUCCUGGACUCCAGGUAUGGGAGGGAGGGAGGGAGGGAGGGAGGGAGGGAGGGAGGGAGGGAGGGGAAAAAAUAUACACUGUAUGUAAAAUGAGACAUAAAACAUUUAAUUAAAAGAAAAAGACAAACAUAACAAAGGAUCUGAAAAUCAUGAUUUAAAAUGUUUUAUUUUUGACUCCUGACCUCUGGUUUCAAGGGUGGCUGAGUUGACGGGAUACGAACCCCAGGACCUGAUCGAGAAGACACUAUACCACCACGUGCACGGCUGUGACGUAUUCCAUCUACGCUUCGCUCACCACCUCUGUGAGUCAGUCCCCCUCUGUGGCCACAUUGUGACACUUCUAGCUAAACAACCCACACUCUCCUUGAGAGGGCUAGGGUUUCUAUAAGUGGCAACUGUGGAGUUUCUCACAGAAUAUGCUUGCAGAGGAGAAUAAAAAUGAUACAGUAAUCAUGAUUCAAGGUAUUCCUGAGUAUGUCAAUGGAACUGAGCCUUUUGCAGUCACUCUCUCCCAAGCAUUCUGUCUGCAUUCUAUAGCUACAGUUGAAGUCGGAAGUUUACAUACACCUUAGCCAAAUACAUUUAAACUCAGUUUUUCACAAUUCCUGACAUAAAAAUUCCCUGUCUUAGGUCAGUUAGGAUCACCACUUUAUUUUAAGAAUGUGAAAUGUGACAAUAAUAGUAGAGAGAAUUAUUUAUUUCAGCUUUUAUUUCUUUCAUCACGUUCCCAGUGGGUCAGAAGUUUGCAUACACUCAAUUAGUAUUUGGUAGCAUUGCCUUUAAAUUGUUUAACUUGGGUCAAACGUUUCGGGUAGCCUUCCACAAGCUUCCCACAAUAAGUUGGGUGAAUUUUGGCCCAUUCCUCCUGACAGAGCUGGUGUAACAGAGUCAGGUUUGUAGGCCUCCUUGCUCGCACACGCUUUUCAGUUCUGCCCACACAUUUGCUAUAGGAUUGAGGUCAGGGCUUUGUGAUGGCCAUUCCAAUACCUUGACUUUGUUGUCCUUAAGCCAUUUUGCCACAACUUUGGAAGUAUGCUUGGGGUCAUUGUCCAUUUGGAAGGCCCAUUUGCGACCAAGCUUUUACUUCCUGACUGAUGUCUUGAGAUGUUGCUUCAAUAUAUCCACAUAAUUUUCCUUCCUCAUGAUGUCAUCUAUUUUGUGAAGUGCACCAGUCCCUCCUGCAGCAAAGCACCCCCACAGCAUGAUGCUGCCACCCCCGUGCUUCACGGUUGGGAUGGUGUUCUUCGGCUUGCAAGCAACUCCCUUUUUCCUCCAAACAUAACGAUGGUCAUUAUGGCCAAACAGUUCUAUUUUUGUUUCAUCAGACCAGAGGACAUUUCUCCAAAAAGUACGAUCUUUGUCCCCAUGUGCAGUUGCAAACCGUAGUCUGGCUUUUUUAUAGCGGUUUUGGAGCAGUGGCUUCUUCCUUGCUGAGCGGCCUUUCAGGUUAUGUCGAUAUAGGACUCGUUUUACUGUGGAUAUAGAUACUUUUGUACCUAUUUCCUCCAGCAUCUUCACAAGGUCCUUUGCUGUUAUCCUGGGAUUGAUUUGCACUUUUCGCAUCGUAUUUAAACUUCUGACCAACUAGAAUUGUGAUACAGUGAAAUAUAAGUGAAAUAAUCUGUCUGUAAACAAUUGUUGGAAAAAUUACUUGUGUCAUGCACAAAGUAGAUGGCCUAACCGACUUUCCAAAACUAUAGUUUGUUGACAAGAAAUUUGUGGAGUGGUUGAAAAACAAGUUUUAAUGACUCCAACCUAAGUGUAUGUAAACCUCUGACUUCAACUGUAUGUGCACUUCUCUUUCUCUCCCUCAAUCUUUUAUUCAGGCAAAGUGCAGUCUGUGAUUUGAUCUCUCACCCCCAUCGUUCUCUCUCACCCCUCCCUCUUCUCUCUCACCCCUCCCUAUUCUGCAGUGUUGGUGAAAGGGCAGGUCACCACUAAGUACUAUCGUAUGUUGUCCAAGCACGGGGGCUGGGUGUGGGUGCAGAGCUACGCCACCAUCGUCCACAACAGCCGCUCCUCCAGACCCCACUGCAUCGUCAGCAUCAACUAUGUUCUGACGUGAGUCAACACUUUCACUUUUCGACUUGAGUGAUGCUGGGACAGUUGAAUCACGACCUAAAAAACGUCCAUUUAAUAGUCUUGGACAUUUUGCGGCAGAAAGUCUGGGUUUGAAACACAAGCUAAUUUGUAAGGUGGUGCACCCGGUGUGUGUGUGUGUGUGUGUGUGUGUGUGUGUUAUGCUUAUCCAAGCUGUUCUAUGCUGUAUGUAUAUGUCUCGCCACAGGGACGUGGAGUAUAAAGACAUGCAGCUGUCUCAGGAGCAGAGUCGAGCGGCCAAAUCCAGCUUGGCCUUUAAGAGUGGCCCGGCCUCCUUUCAGGACCCCCGCAAACAACUUAAAACCAAAGCAGUCAAGAUCAAGAGCAAACUCAAAACAGCCCCCUACCCUCAGGUACUAAAGACUACUGCUCCUCACACCGAGUUACUAAUACAGUUCAUAUGCACAUACAGUAGCCGACAUACCUGUACAAUGUACAUUCACAUGUACUAAGAUAUUAGGAUGAAUUGGUUUUGCCAGCUUGGAAAAAGAGGAGACACUAUUCACAAUCAGGAACUUUCCUCUUGAAAAUUCAUGAAAUAUUCUGUUCAGUGUUAUCCCAAAAAUAUAACAAAGUGACUUGAUUCUUUGUCAUAGCUCAACAAAUGAGCUGUACUCAACACUGUCUUCAUUGCCUGUCUUUGAUAGAAAAGAACAACACCACCAUAACCUGUUGUCUAUUGCCUCCACCUCCAGCCCAACAGCACCUACCACCCAAACAAGCUGGACUGCUCCCCCCAAGGAGAGGGCUGGAAGGAGAGCCCCCCCUACCCUAUGACCCCCUGCCAGGGGCAGAGCUCUGGCCCCUCUGGAGGCCCAGAGGCUGGAGAGGUCCUGUGUAGCAUCAGCGCCCCGUAUGGCCUCUCCUUCCCCUACCCAUAUGGACACCUACCCCACACGGACUCCCAGAGGAGGUUGCGACCCACCCAGGGUUCCUCUUCCGCCUCACCUUCCCCCAGCCUGGCCGCCCAGCAGCUGCUCAGCUCCCUGCAGGGUCGAGGGGGCGAGGGGCGCUGGAGCUGUGCCAACGCCAAAACCCACCCUGGUCACACCCUGAGGCCCUCUGCUGCAUCAUGUGCCAUCACCACUGCCACUGCAGCAGCAUAUUCCGGUAUGGCUCUGGGUCAAAAGCAUGGGGAAACGCAAGCUUCCAAUCAGCGCUGAGGAACGCAGAGCUCUUUCUACAUGCUUUUAAAUCAGUUUACACUAGCAUUGCUACAUUUAACCAGAAAUGCUACACUGUAACUGAAAACUAUAAUUUAUAUGGUAAUUUGGGGUAUUAUCAACAGUCAAACACUGAGAAACAUUUUACUGCAGCAUACUCUAAAUGAUGGUGCAUUCUGGGAACAUUUGUGGGCAGGGAAAGAAUUGCUAUAUUUCAAAUGGUACUGUAAUUCAAUCUCACAGAAUACAGAAACCUUUUGACCACUAGUGGAUACAUGGUAUUGUUUCUGGCUCAUUAACAUAUUUUGAGGUCUGCCUUGUAAGAGGCUGUAUUUGUUGCACCAUUACUGAAAGUGCUGUACCAAUUGAAUUGCUAUGUGGUAGUAGUGCCCCAUCAUUUUAAAAUGUAUAGGGGACAGAUUGGUGUGGCAGCAAGUCUUAAACCAGCGACUAACCCAACUUCUAGAGGCGUCUGGCUAUAUCCUCUAACUGUAAUGAAUGGCUGCUAAUUCUAUUUUAGCAACAUUCAGUCAAACAGCUAAAGAAUCAGUCAUUUUACUUGUACUUCACGACUUGCCAUUAGCAGGGUUGUAACGUUUUUUAGCUUACAGCUGUUUAAGACCUCGUCAAGUAAUGCCACUGUAAAACCCCAACGUAGUGUUUUAGCUCAGUUUCACUGUAGCAUUUUAGUCUGAAUCUCACCGUAGCAUUUCAUUUCUUUACAGGCCCUACGGUGAGCAGGAGGUAUCCCCCCAGCGAACCCCUCCAUGACGGCUUCUCCAGCUGCGUGACCCUGCGCUCUAACAGCAGGUUCAAGGACGAGCCCUAUGAGCAUCACACGCUUGGCCAGAGGAAGACCACAGAGGACCGCCUGCACUCCCAGUCACAGGCCACGAAAGAGGACAGCAAGCUGCCGUUCAACCGAGACCACCUCCACAAGGCCUCAGAGGGAGGUGGUUGCAUAGUAGGGGAGAAGCCUUUGUCCUGUCCCAUGCUGAAUAGCUCUGUGCUGGGGAAGGCAAGCUGUAAGCAGUCCCGGUCCCUCCACGGCCUGGUCCAGCCCUUCCCCAUGCAGGUGGUGCUGGAGCAGCGCAGGAGGCUGUGUAUGAUGGAGUCCCCCUACAGCCACAGUGCCACCGGCCCCUUGGAGCACACGGACUGCAAUGGAGAGCGGAGGACCCCCAAGCUACUGGAGGCUGAGGCGGUGGAGGAGGAGAGGAGGAUGUGGAUGGGGGUAGGAGUUGAAGUUGGGGUUGGGAUGGGGGUGGGAGUUGGGGCAGGCCUGCCAGCCCAGGCGCCGUACGUGUCUUUGAACCUCCACCACGUCUUGGCCAAACACAGCUCCUUCCAGGCCCCGCCCUACGCUGCCCUCGGCCAUUUGACGGACAGUUACGGUUACCGCGGCGAUGAAAUGGGUUCUUAUGGCUACAAGAGCCAAAGCCCCGCCUCUAGCCCCUCCCCUGAGACUCACAGGGAGAUCCCUCAUUACAUCGGCACGUCCGUCAUCAUCACCAACGAG